ACAGCCCGUGAUCACGUUCAUUAUACAGCUCAUAAUAUUUUCACAUUCACAGUUAACUCUGUGGAAGCUGAUUCGUUUGCAUUUACUCAUUAUCAGUUCACCCCUCCCCAAACGUGUGUGCCCUCAUGAUGCCACGCGCUCGAUAAUCCGCUCAGUGUCGCACAUGCUCAGUACCAAUCACUGUGGUAAUCUGUAAUGGCUGCGAGGUGAUGUGAAACGAAUCCCGGUGCCUAGUUACGUCUCUUCGGUAGGAAUGCCAUUUUCCUGAGACCGGCAAUCACUCAGUUCAUUCCUCCGUCAACAUGGUUGACAUACGACAGAAGAAUAAAGGUCGGCCGUCGUAGUCGAGACCACUUGCGAGAGUCACGAUCGUUUGAGUGCUGGUGUGUGAUAGUGCCAGUGAAUAGCGUGUGGUUGGCGGUAGUCAGGUGCUAUGGCUGUGAAGGAACGGGUGGAGGCGGUGCUGAAUGUGGGCCUGCGGAUCCCCAGUAUCAUGUUGCUGGAGGUGCUGUACCGCUGGGAUGUCAGCUCUUUCUUCCAGAAGAUCCAGAGGAGCAGCCUCAACAAUAACCCCCUAUUCCAGUACAAGUACCUGGCCCUCUAUCUGCACUAUGUAGGCUACAUUCUGAGUCUAGUUCUGCUCACUUUGCCCCGACAACACCUGGUGCAACUCUACCUGUACGUGCUCACUGCUCUGCUGCUGUUUGCUGGUCACCAGAUCUCAAGGGACUAUGUGCGCAGUGAGCUGGAGUCUGGCUACGAGGGUCCGCUAUACCUGGAGCCUCUGUCCAUCAACCGCUUCACUACUGCGCUCAUCUGCCAGCUGGUGGUGUGUACUCUUUGCUCCUGUGUGAUGCAGACCAAGCGCAUUUGGCUGUUCUCAGCACAUUUACUCCCUCUGGUGGCUAGGCUGUGCUUGGUCCCCUUGGAAACCAUUGUUUUUGUGAAUCGAUUUGCCAUGAUUUUCACAGGCCUGGAAGUCAUCUACUUUUUGGCCUCCAACCUACUGGUGCCAUUUAACCUGGCUAAAACGGCAUACCGGGAGCUUGCACAGCUAGUGGAGGUGUAUGGGUUGCUGGCUCUCGGAAUGUCUCUGUGGAAUCAGUUAGUUCUGCCCGUGUUGUUUAUGUGUUUCUGGCUGGUUCUGUUUGCCCUCCAAAUCUACACAUACUUCAGCACAAGAGAUCAACCCACAUCCAGGGAGAGACUGCUCUUUCUUUUUCUCACCAGUAUUGCAGAGUGCUGUUGUACUCCAUACUCUCUGCUCGGUCUGGUCUUCACCGUGUCAUUUGUUGCUUUGGGAGUGCUCACUCUGUGCAAGUUCUACCUGCAGGGCUACAGGGCUUUCAUGAAUGACAACACUAUGCACAGGGGCAUGACAGAAGGGAUCACUCUUUUGAUCCUCGCAGUACAGACCGGACUGAUCGAGCUACAGGUCAUCCAUAGAGCCUUCCUUCUCAGCAUCAUCCUCUUCAUUGUGGUGGCCUCCAUCCUUCAGUCCAUGCUGGAGAUAGCUGAUCCCAUAGUGCUGGCACUGGGUGCCUCCAGAGACAAGAGUUUAUGGAAGCACUUCCGUGCAGUUAGCCUGUGCUUGUUCCUACUGGUGUUCCCAGCUUAUAUGUCCUACAUGAUCUGUCAGUUCUUCCAUAUGGACUUCUGGCUGCUUAUUAUCAUCUCUUCCAGCAUUCUGACCUCCUUGCAGGUGCUGGGCACACUUUUGAUCUACGUGCUCUUCAUGGUAGAGGAGUUCCGCAAGGCUCCAGUGGAGAACAUGGAUGAUGUCAUCUACUGGGUCAAUGGCACCUACAGGCUGCUGGAGUUCCUGGUGGCCCUGUUCGUGGUGGCAUAUGGCGUGUCGGAGACGGUGUUUGGGGAGUGGACUGUGAUGGGCUCCACCAUCGUGCUUAUCCAUUCCUACUACAAUGUGUGGCUGAGGGCCCAGCUGGGCUGGCAGAGCUUCCUGCUCCGCAGAGAUGCUGUCAACAAGAUCAAGAGCCUGCCUAUAGCUUCUCACCAGCAACUCCAGCAGCACAAUGACAUCUGUUCCAUCUGCUACCAGGACAUGACGUCAGCUGUAAUCACCUCCUGCAGUCACCUCUUCCAUGCCGGCUGCUUGAAGAAGUGGCUGUAUGUGCAAGAGACUUGCCCUCUUUGCCACAGCCAACUGAAAGGGUCAUUACAGCUUAGCUCUUCAACACAGGAUGCCCCGCUACUGGAGACACCCUUACUGCCAGAGGGGAGUCCGGAUCCUCCACAGCAUCCAACGCCAGGCUCGACCCUCCAGGAUCCUCAGCAAGACGACAACAUCCAAGCUCCAGCCUCAGAGGUUGCGGCUGAACUACAAGAGGAGAGUGAUCAGAAGGAAACGGUACCUGGCGGCUGUGCAUUUCCAACCUGCUCCUUCUCAGGCUGAGCAGGCUAAGCCUGUUCUCUCAAAGUCCUAAAACCAGCCUUGAGCCAAACUCGGCUCCACACUGCUGGCCAAAGACAGAGAAGAGUUGCAGUAGAGGGUUCCCAAGGGAACUUCUCGCCCUCUCUGUAACUGUAAUGUUACAUAUGCUGAGUGCUACUUGGAUAUAUCUACAAUCAAAUCCCUAGUCUCUCUCUCUCUCAUCCAGACCAUCACAGAAGCAUUUCACCAUAGGUCAGAGAGCCUAAUUGAGGUGAAAUACAAUAAUUUCACCCCUAUAUCUUGACAUACUGAUUGCUUCUACCCAAUCACCAGCUCCUCACCAAUCUUUGUCAUAACAAAUCUAUGAUGUCCAGCAAGCACCAACAUGAAUGUGCUCAUGUGACCCUUGAAUAUAGUGCUGUGAUGCUCUAUAAGCAUUUAGCACAUCCAGUUGCAUGCUCUUGGUAUCCAAUAGCAGUAUCCUGUCUUUUUUCUGUUCACUAUUUGUUUUCUUUAGAUAAAUUAUAUAUAUAUAUAUAUAUAUAUAUAUAUAUAUAUAUAUAUAUAUAUAUAUCCCACUGCAUUUGCACUAAUGUAACAUAAAGCAAUGCUCCAAAGUUUGUCUUGUCUGAUACCAAAUAUUUUGGUUUGUAUAUGAAUUGAAUCAAGAUAUAUAUUAAAUAUACCCAUGUACAAAUAUGUAUGUAAAAGGGUUUUGAUAUGCAGAAAUACAGUGUUAAGCAGCAUCAAGUGUCAUGAAAUGGUCUAGGCUUAUAUGAACGCUGUACCUCUAGUGGUAGUGGUGGGAAGAGCCAAGGCGAUGGAUAAGAAUUGGUGACUGUUUAAGUGAGCCAAUUUCAUUCCCAUCAGUAUUUGGCAUUUGUUGCAUUUGUGAGCAUGAAUACAUUCAAGAAUGUAGGAGCACACUUUGCAUAUGCCAUUUUUCUUUUCAUUAAGUGUUUUUAAGUUCAAAUAUUUUACAUAUUUCCUUUAACGUAUGAUGUUUGAAUGUUUGUUUAUUUUAAUAUCUGGAGGAUGUUUUAUUUUUUUUUUAUCUGGAAGUGUUAGUUUUAUCUGGAAGACCAGAUUUUUUAAAGGCUCUUACAGAAGUUUUUCCAUUAAAAAACACAUUUGAAAGUGAUCAGAGAGUAUAAUCCUAUAGAAUCUUGUUUUGCUUUUAUACAGCAUAAAUGUGGAAUGAUGUUCUGUUAAGGCUGACUUUUUUGAAUUGCAGCUGGUAUCAGUAAAAUAUGCCUGAAGUCUGAACGUGAACCUGAAUGUCAGAAUAAAUCAA